AUGGAGUGUUUGAGAACGUCACGGAGCAAUUCCUGGAUUUAUCCCACUGUGAUCCUCUGUUUAUUUGGAUUUUUCUCCAUGAUGAGACCCUCAGAACCAUUCCUUAUCCCAUAUUUAUCUGGACCAAAUAAAAACCUGACCAGCACAGAGAUCACCAAUGAGAUCCUUCCUGUUUGGACCUACUCUUACCUGGUGCUGCUGCUCCCCGUGUUUGUCCUCACUGAUUACGUCCGCUACAAGCCGGUCAUCGUCUUACAGGGGAUAAGCUUCAGCCAGGCCAGCAGCCCCAAGCCCAAACAUGAGGCUUGGAGGAGCUGCGUGCAGUGGUUCCAGGAUCUGCGGGAGUGCUACUCCUCAAAGCGUCUUUUCUACUGGUCCCUGUGGUGGGCUUUUUCCACAGCGGGUUUUAACCAGGUUUUGAACUAUGUGCAGAUCCUGUGGGAUGACAAGGCCCCAUCCCAAGAUUCCUCCAUCUAUAAUGGAGCAGUAGAAGCUAUUGCAACAUUUGGAGGGGCCCUGGCUGCCUUCGCAGUGGGUUAUGUGAAAAUCAACUGGGAUCUCCUGGGGGAGCUGGCUCUGGCCAUCUUCUCCACRUUCAGCGCAGGGUCUCUGCUCCUCAUGCAUUACACACUCAGCAUCUGGGUGUGCUACACUGGCUAUUUGGUGUUCAAGUCCAGCUAUAUGCUUCUCAUAACCAUAGCAGUAUUUCAGAUCGCGGUGAACCUAAGUGUGGAGCGCUAUGCCCUGGUGUUCGGAAUGAACACCUUUAUUGCCUUGUUGAUUCAGACUGUCAUGACUGUGAUUGUGGUGGAUCAGAGAGGGCUCAACCUGCCAGUCACCACGCAGUUUUUAGUUUACGGGAGUUAUUUUGCAGUCAUCGCUGGCAUUUUCCUGAUAAGAAGCAUAUACAUCCUCUACUCUGCCAAAUGCCGAAAGGAAGUACAGAGCCCAGCUCGGCCACAACCAGAGGAACCCAGGAACGUGGGCAUGGCGACAAAGCUCUGA